CGCUCCCCUGCCCGCGCGGCGCGAGGGACUGCGCGGCCGAGGGCUGGCGCCGCGGCGGAGGCAUGGCCGCGGGGGCCGCGGUGCGCAAGGCGGCGCCGGUGCUGGAGGCGCCUCCCCAGCACAAGCAGAUCUCUCACACAAAGCUUUCUGCGGAUGAUGAGUGGAACUUGCAGCAGGAGAGGAUGUACAAGAUGCACCGGGGCCAUGAGUCCAUGCACGUGGAGAUGAUCUUGAUCUUCCUCUGCACCCUGGUCAUCGCCCAGAUAGUGCUGGUACAGUGGAAACGGAGGCAUGGCCGGUCCUACAACCUGGUGACACUGUUGCAAAUGUGGGUUGUCCCUCUCUAUUUCACGAUAAAGCUUUACUGGUGGCGGUUUCUGUCUAUGUGGGGAAUGUUCUCUGUUAUUACCAGUUACAUCCUCUUCAAAGCUACCCGAAAACCGCUCUCAGGGAGAACACCAAGAUUGGUCUACAAAUGGUUUCUUCUAAUCUACAAACUCAGCUAUGCACUUGGUGUUGUGGGUUAUUUGGCUAUCAUGUUUACAAUGUGUGGAUUCAAUUUACUUUUCAGAAUCAAGGCUAGAGAUUCCAUGGAUUUUGGCAUCGUAUCCUUGUUCUAUGGCCUCUACUAUGGUGUAAUGGGGAGAGACUUUGCAGAGAUCUGUUCGGAUUACAUGGCCUCUACGAUAGGGUUCUACAGCAUCAGUGGGAUGCCCACGAGGAGCUUGUCAGACAACGUCUGUGCCGUCUGUGGGCAGAUCAUUGUGCAGCUCGAUGAAGAAGGGCUCACUGAGAACACCUACCAGCUCUCAUGCAAUCAUGUCUUUCACGAAUUCUGCAUCCGAGGUUGGUGUAUAGUUGGUAAAAAGCAGACUUGCCCUUACUGCAAAGAGAAGGUUGAUUUGAAGAGGAUGAUCAGUAACCCCUGGGAGCGCACACACUUUCUGUAUGGACAAAUCCUUGAUUGGCUUCGUUAUUUGGUGGCGUGGCAACCCGUGGUGAUUGGAAUAGUUCAAGGCAUUAAUUACUCACUAGGGCUGGAAUAAUACAGCAGACCUACUCCGGAAGCAACGUGUUGUAUGUUGAAAUAUUUUUAAAUCCUUGGUUCUACAUUUGUUAUUGAUAAUCUUUUUUUACUUCAGAGGUGAGCCCCAGAGUUUACAGAACUGAAUAAAACUCAGGGCCCUACAAAAGGCAAUCUGUCUAUGUGGAAAAGAAUUUAAAAGAGAAGCUGUCAAAAGUUCAGAAAAAAACAGAAGUAAAACCAAUGAAUCAGUAAAGUAGUAAUCAGUAAAAGUUUAUUGUGCACACAUCAAAAAGAUCGUUUGCAAACCAAGAGCACUCAAAAACACAGAAUGAAGCUCGAGGUAUAUGUUAGGUAACAGCUUACACAGUGCAGAUGCAGGGACUGUGUAUUCUUCACAGUGAUUGCUUACAAUACUGGAAUUCUCUUAAAUGGAAGGGAAUUGGUUAGUGAUCACCUCAUAUCAAUUUUGGGAAAACAAUUUAAGUCUUGCUUAUGAUUUUCAGAGGCCUAAGCAGGAAGUACCCGGAUCAAGGUAGCCUUACUUGUCUUGCAAAAUAAGCUAAAUUAUAAGACUAACCUGGUUUGGGGGCACGUAGGUGGCUCAAUCAGUUAAGCAUCUGCCUUUGGGUCAUAGUCCUGGGGUUUUGGGAUCGAGCCCCGUGUUGGACUCCCCACUCUGGGGGGGGGGAGAUUACCCCAGAGGUUGGUGUAUAGUUGGUACACCAACUCUGCCUCUCCCCACUGGCUUAUGCUCUCUCUCUCAAGUGAAUAAGUAAAAUCUUAAAAAAAAAAAAAAAAAAAAAAAA